GCUUCCUCCGGCUCCACCAACCCUCUGCCCUCCCCUCCGCCUCCGCCCUCCUCCUCCACCGCGAGCGGCCAGCCAACCGCGCGGCCGCUUCUUGAGCCAGGUUCUGCGGUCGCCAUGACGCCCGGCAAACAUUUCCCGAACCGCUGACUCGAGCGGUUGGGGGUCCCGGCCGCCGCAGGGUCGCUGGGGAAGGGGCGCCGAGCCCUAGUCUGCGGGUCGCCACCAUGUCUGGCUCUCCGUCGAGCACCCGCAAGCAGGCCAGCUUCGCUACGAGUGCCAGCUCACAACCAAGGAAAUCCAUUAGCUUUGUUAGCCCAUCAAAACCAACUACAGUGAAAGGAUUUGCUGGCGCAAACCAUAGCAAACUGUCAAGAACUGUGGCUUCUCUACCAGAGGUAAAGCCGGCAGAGAAACUGACUAUUGCUGGCAUUAAGACAGUACAGGUGCUUGAUUCAAGAGGAGUUGACGUCACUCCCCGACCUCUCUACCAUCCGGAUCCACAUGUUGGAACAGCAAAGCCAAAUAAACUCUUGGCGUCGCAAGAAGGCUCCCUUGGGUCGGACUUCAUCUCUUCCUACACCCUGUAUCAGAAUACCAUUAACCCCAGCAUGGUGGGGCAGCUCACAAGGUCAGUCUUAGGGAGCAGUUCAGUAUCUAAGACAAGUAUAUCAACAACUGAAUCAAUGGCAGAGGACUUUGAAGAACCAUCUUACAAAAGGGAAAGACUGGCUAGUUUUACAGAUGUACGAGUUGUGAGGACCACAGCUGAAACACCUGUAACAAAGGAAGACCUAGAGAAGACUAUCGAAAUCACUCUCACCGAGACAGAAAUACUGAGGUUUUUUGACCUGCCAACAGUUGUCUUCUCAGUAGAAUCCGACGAAGCUGAGAAAAUAAUACAGAAAAAUAAGAACUAUGAAAUUCUCUGUAGAAAUAGAUUAGGCAAUGACUUGUAUGUGGAAAGGAUGAUGCAAACAUUUAAUGGCGCACCAAAGAAUAAAGAAGUUCAGUGUGAAAAAAUCAUAAUGGAAGAAAAAGGCAUAAUGGCCACUGCUUGGGAUUUGUAUGAUUCUUUGAACAUCCCAGAAGUUUUGCUAUCAGCAAAAUCAUCUGUAUGUGGAAGUAAAGGAAAUUUACUUGCUAAAGACCGAGACACAAACCUACCAGGAAAUGAAAGUAGUUCCCUAAUGGACAUAGAAAGUGUAAUUAUGGCUAAAGUUCACGAGGACGAAGAAGACCAUUCAGAGGCAAUAUUAAAAUCUGAGAAGCUUCACCAAGACUUAUUUUUCAUGGAAAGAGUUUUGAUGGAAAAUGUGUUUCAGCCGAAGCUCGCAGCCUACCGUCAACUCCCUGUUUUUAAAGAACAUGAGCCUGGAGAGCCUGAAGAAGCUCUGGAAGAGGAAAAGGUUGCAGUGCAGGAGGAGGUUAAGAAGGAGGAUGAAGAAGAAAUGGAAAUGGAAGUAGAACUGGAGAUAACCACGGAGCAGUCAACCAUCCCAGCGAACCUGGAGCGGCUCUGGUCCUUCUCCUGUGACUUGACCAAGGGCCUCAAUGUGAGCAGUGUUUCCUGGAACAAGGCAAAUCCAGACCUUUUGGCUGUUGGCUACGGGAACUUUGGAUUUAAAGAGCAAAAAAGAGGAAUGGCUUGCUGCUGGUCAAUAAAGAAUCCCAUGUGGCCAGAGCGUAUUUAUCAGAGUACACAUGGAGUGACUUGUGUGGACUUUUCAAUCGGCUCUCCUAAUCUACUGGCGAUUGGCUACCACAAUGGCACGGUUGCCGUCUAUAAUGUGCAGAACACCAGUAACGUUCCAGUUCUGGACAGUAGUGAAUCACCUCAAAAACAUUUGGGACCUGUUUGGCAAGUGCAGUGGAUAGAGCAAGACAGGGGAACCACAGGGGACGACAAAAGAGAAAUCUUAGUGUCCAUAUCAGCCGAUGGAAGGGUCUCCAAAUGGGUCAUUCGCAAAGGACUGGACUGUCACGAUUUGAUGCGAUUGAGGCGAACUACUUCUACAAGCAACAAAAAGGGAGGGGAAAAGGAAAAGAAAGGCGAGGCCCUGAUAUCACGACAGGCUCCGGGAAUGUGCUUUGCUUUUCACCCCAAGGACACAAAUAUCUACCUGGCUGGCACUGAAGAAGGCCUUAUCCACAAGUGUUCCUGCUCGUACAAUGAACAGUACCUGGAGACCUAUAGAGGACAUAAGGGUCCAGUGUAUAAAGUCACGUGGAACCCAUUUUGUCCUGAUGUCUUCCUGAGCUGCUCUGCAGAUUGGGGUGUUAUGGUCUGGCGCCAGGAGACACACAAGCCGCUUUUGAGUUUUUACACAACUACUUACGUUGUUUAUGAUGUUGCCUGGUCUCCAAAAUCUGCCUAUAUUUUUGCUGCUGCAAAUGAGAGUAGAGUAGAGAUUUGGGACCUUCAGAUCAGCACUCUGGACCCUCUGAUUGUGAAUGUUGCUAACCCUGGAAUCAAGUUUACAACUGUUCUGUUUGCCAAACAGACAGAUUGCCUUCUAGUGGGAGACAGCGAUGGGCAGGUUGCGGUCUACGAACUGAGAAAUAUGCCUACUGCUCUGGACACUGGCCGGGGAGAUGCAGUAAACAUUCUGCUUGGGUCCAAGACAAACCAACCAGGAUAAUUCAUCAUUCUUCCUACGUUUUAUUCUUGUUUAAGGGAAAGGGAGUAACAUUAUACGCUGUAAGCUUAAGAUUUUGGUUUUAAGAGAGCAGUACAUAGUCUUUAAUGUCCAUUUAAAUUAAAUUAGUUUUUACUUCAGAAAUAUAUGAUUAGUUUAUAAUUUAAGAUAUGCUAAAGAUUUUUGUUGGGAUUGCCUUAGCUCUCUAAAGAUAUUUUUGCUCCACUUCUUGGUUAUAUUUAAAGCAUCUAUGAGCAAAUAUGUAUGCCUAUAAAAUGCCCAAACAGCUUAGAAAUUAGUUUCUUUAAAAGCUUAGACAUUUUUAGAAUUCCUUAAUCCACAGUCAUUAGAAGAUGUAAUUCCAAAAACUGUCACACCUGCUCCCCAAACUUUGCUUUUUGGGGCUUAUAAUGCACAACCACCACCGUGACCACAGUGAGUCCUCACACUUCGCCUGGAACAUCAUUGACACUGUCCUCCUACACCUGCGCCCUGAAACUACAGAACUGUGUCAGACCACUUGGCAAGCUGUGGGGCGGAACGGCAGAUACCAGCAUC